AUGGCAGUCUCACUGGCUCUACAGAACGUAGAAAUCAGGACGUUAAAACAAGAGAAUCAAGAUCAGGCAGCAAAGCUGAGAGAAGUUGAUCUGCUGAAGCUGCGGUCCAAAGAACAAGCAGCAAAGCUGGAGACUGAGAUUAACCAGCUGAAGCUGCAGUCAGAAGAACAAGAAGCAAAGCUAGAGACCGAGAUCAACCAGCUGAAGCAGGAAGUACAAGUCAAACAGGUGGCUUUCUCAGCCUCUCUGGUGAAUCAAGGCCGUGAAGAAAUUGGACCAUUUAACACUAGGAUUAUUCUGAUCUUCAAACGUGUUGUCACAAACAUUGGAAAUGCCUACAACCCACACACAGGUAUUUUCACUGCACCAGUGAGAGGAGCCUACCACUUUGACUGGAAGGUAUUCGGAUAUGGAAACAUUCGUGCAGCUGCUGUGUUGUUCAGGAAUGGAGAGCACAUUUUUCUGGCAGAGGAAAAUCCAACAUCUGGUUAUGUGAGUGCAUCCGAUGGAGCCUCACUGCUUCUAGAGGUUGGAGAUCAGGUAUCUGUACGUCUCUGGACAAAUUCAAGGAUAUUUGACGAUCAAAACCAUCACACCAGUUUCAGUGGUCAUCUGAUUUUCACCAUGUGA